CUACUACUAAUAACUUUCAAGAAAAAAAAAAAAAAAGGAACUACUACUAAUAUCAUUGGUAUAAAAGAAAGGAGCAGCGAACCCCUAAUUAUCUUUCUUUUUGCCUUCUAUAAUAAAGCAACCCUCACAUUUGAAUUCCAUUUUUUUUUCUUUCUACAGAAAAGAAGCUUUCAAGUUCCAUAUCAUCUUACCCUAAUUGCACAACAAUAAGUAAUUCAACCCAACAAAAAAAUCUGAAAUAACAAUUCAAAUUCCCACUGCAACUGAGAAAGAAAUUCCCAGAAAAUAAAAGUACAAUAACAUGAAGGAUGAAGAUUUUCUCCCACCAACAACGUCAAACACAACCUCAUCAAUAGCAACAUCCGAUGCUUCAUCAAAUUCUGGGUAUUGGAAGCCAUUUUAUUGCUCUCCGGUGGUUCGCCGGUAAUCUUAACCGUGUUUCCGACGACUUCGACACUCCUUUGAGGGACGAUCUCGAUAUUAUAGAACACCCUUUUCUCUCUCCUCGAUUUCUGAAUCUGGGUUGGUGUUAAUUUUUGUGGGUUUUGAUUAUUGUAGGAGAUGGAGGAGAGAGAAAAAGUGGUGAAGUAUAUGUGGGAUGUUUACACUAAUAUUCACCGGAUAAAAUUGCCAAGGUUUCUGGGGUUCGUGAAAAUCUGGGGUCCUAUUCAGUUGACGUCUCCUAUUCUUCACUUCAACCGAAAGAGCAAAGUAAACACCACUUUUACGAACCCCCAAUUUAUGCGAUAAUCACCAAAUUAGGGUUUCUCCGAGCAACAAUGGGGAGAAGAUCUAAUUCAAGAGCGAAGUUAGAAUACUCAGAAACUGAAGAAAAAAGUGUAAAGAAGAAGCAAAAAUCUCGUCGCGAAUCCUCUUUUGUGUUUAGUGAAAGCGACGAUGAAGAAGCUAACGAAGAUUUGAGUCUCAAAAUCGUCGAAAAGGCAAUGUCUCGUGGUUCUAACGCCGAAAAUUUGAAUGUUAAUGGUGAUGAAGAUAUUGUCACUUCUGAAUUUGUGGUGUCGGAGAUUGUAAAGAAGGAGAAGAAGGAGAAGAAGGAGAAGAAGAAGAAAAAGAAGGUCAAAAAAGUUGAGACUGAGGUUGAGAUGGUUACUCCAACGAGGGAAGAACUGAAAGUCGAGACGGCAAAAGAUGCUGAAGUGAUAAAGUUAUCCGAAUCAGAUGUUGACAAUUCCAAUGUGAAUAAUGAUGUUCUACGAAAGCUUCUUCGCGGGCCAAGAUACUUUGACCCUCCAGAUAAGAGUUGGGGAGCAUGUUUUAAUUGUGGAGAGGAAGGUCAUUCAGCAGUUAACUGUACGUCGGCCAGGAGAAAGAAGCCAUGCUUCAUUUGUGGGAGUCUUGAGCAUGAGGUGAAACAAUGUCAAAAGGGAAAAGAUUGCUACAUAUGCAAAGGUGUGGGUCACCGUGCCAAAGAUUGUCCAAAAAAGUUCAAGCAGCGUUCUUCAGAUUUGUGUUUAAAAUGUGGUUCUUCCGCACAUGCCAUGACCUCAUGCAACAAUGAUUAUUUGCCUGAUGAUCUUAAGGAUAUUCAAUGUUAUGUUUGCAAGAGGUCUGGACAUCUCUGCUGUGUGGACUAUUUUGAUGCUCUUCUAAGUGAAGCUUCAUGUUACAAAUGUGGCCAGUCAGGACAUAAUGGACAGGAAUGCAGAGGAUCACGUGGAGAGACAUCUGCUGCGGGCACACCCUCUUCGUGUUAUAAGUGCGGAGAAGAUGGGCACUUUGUUCGUGAAUGCACAAAUUCUUCCAAGGUCAAAAAAAGAACCCGUGACUUGUCAACUCCAACCAAGAAAUACUCCACCGACUAUAAGCCCAGUAAGGGAUUUCAAUCUGCACCACAAGACUUUGGCAAUCAUAAAAGGAGAUUGCAGUUUGACAACGGAAGUCCCAACUGGUCAAGAAGAUCUAACCGAAGGGGCGGCUGGAUUCCAGAUGACUCUGACGAUUUCCAGCAUCAUAAUGGCUGGAGCGCCUGGAGGUCUCCUUCCACACCCAACAAGAAGCACAAGAUUUAUGGUUUGACUGAAGGUGGUCAAGGUUCAAACUCACAAUCCUCUAAGAGAUGGGGUAAGUCCAAUUCUGGCACUUCAAGUUCAAAAGGGUAUGCAAAUUCUUAUCAGCAUAGAUUUUCGGCAUCAAGAUUUGGCAACUCCAGUAAUGACGGGAUGAGGAGAAACCAUGAUUGGUGGUAGCUAGUUUGAAUUGGCUGUAAUUUUGAUUUUAAAAUAUCUGAAACGUGUAUGUAUCAGUAUCAGUAUCAGUGUUCCUUUCUAGUUUUCUUCUUUUAAUAGUUAGCAAAGAGAGUUUUAUUGAUAGAAGCAAAGUGACUUGGUAUAUUUGCUUGACAGGAGCCUAUUUGGCUGCCUUUACAGGUUUAUGAAGCUUAGCUUUUAUUUACCAUUUAUCUUGUAUACUUAAAAUUUUUAAGCACCCAUUAUCUUUCUUUCAAGUUUUGAAGGAGGCAAAUCAUAAAAUUUGUUAAA